AUCAUAAUGCAUAUAUGAGAGCUCCUUGUCAGUAAUGCCAGUUUGAGCUGUACCUGUAAUACGCCGUUGAGUUUGUGUGUGGUCGUUAUGGUGCGAAGAUAGCCAUAGUCGUCCUUGACAGAUAAGUAGAUUAUUUCCCUUCGUGAGCAAAUACCUCCUAGAGCGGCGUUGUCCGCAUAGGAUGCAACAAAGGAUGCCGGUCGCGGGUGCGGGUACACGUUGCUUCGCGGCUUCGCGGAUGCUACGCGCAGCAGCAAGGGUGUGCCUGCCCUUCCAGUCUUCAAUUGCUUCUCCGCGGACAGCUCUUGCGGGCGCAUCCGCUGCCGCGAAUUGCGUACCAUGCGCAUCACCAGGGCCCAUGCGUGGCGACCGCAUUCGCACUUGCUGCUCCAGCUGCCCCAAUCCAGUCCCAGCUACAAGCAACUCCCAACAGGAAAACUUCACGAUCACGACGCCGCUGUACUACGUCAACGCAGCUCCCCACAUGGGCAGUGCCUACCCCACCAUCGCAGCUGACGUGGCCUCACGCUUCCAGCGCCUGCUGGGCAAGCGAGUGCGCUUCCUGACGGGUACGGACGAGCACGGCGAGAAGAUCGCAGCAGCAGCCGCCCGCCGGGGUAUGAGCCCGCAGGCGCACUGCGAUGACAUUGCGGCGCAGUACACCGACCUGUGGAGCAAGCUGGACAUCCGCUACGACCGCUUCGUGCGCACCACGCAGUCCCGCCACGCGGCCCUGGUGGUGGAGGUGCUGGGCCGGUGCUGGGAGCGCGGCGACAUCUACUCCGCGGACUACGAGGGCUGGUACUGCGUGGACUGCGAGGAGUUCAAGGACGAGAAGGAGAUGGUGGCGCUGGAGGGGCCGGACGGCAAACCCGCGACCGAGGCCCGGGGCUGCCCCACCCACCGCAAGCCGUGCCAACACCGAAAGGAGGCCAACUACUUCUUCCGUCUCAGCAAGUACUCCAAGGAGGUUGAGGAGCUGCUGCUGCGAGAGGACUUUGUGCAGCCGGCGUCGCGGCGGAACGAGCUCAUGUCGUACGUUCGCGAGGGCCUGCGCGACUUCUCCAUCAGUCGGGCUGCGGUGGACUGGGGCAUUCGAGUGCCCAAGGACCCGCAGCACACCGUCUACGUCUGGUUCGAUGCGCUGAUAGGUUACCUAUCCGGUCUGCUCCCGGACGACGUAACGCCCACCGCCCCCGCCGCCUGCGAGCACGGCUGGCCCGCCUCCGUGCACGUGAUCGGCAAGGACAUCCUGCGCUUCCACGCCAUCUACUGGCCCGGCAUGCUGCUGUCGGCCGGACUGCCCCCGCCGCGGCAAGUGUACGGCCACGGCUUCCUGACCAAGGACGGUCUCAAGAUGGGCAAAUCACUGGGAAACACCCUUGAUCCGCAGGCGCUGGUUUCAACGUACGGAGCGGACGCCGUACGGUUGUACUUCAUGAAGGAGAUCGUCUUCGGCCAAGACGGCGACUUCAGCGAAGCGCGCUUCCGGGAUGUGGUCAACGCGGCGCUGGCCAAUAACCUGGGCAACGGUCUCAACCGCACCCUCAACCUGCUCGCCAAGUUUCACGACCGCACCAUUCCCCUGGACGCAGCCUCCCUUCCCGCCGACCUGCCGCUGCGCCAGCUGGCCUCAGAGCGGCUGCCCGCCGCCGCGCGCAGCUACUCGCAGCUGUCCUUCCACGAGGCGGCGGAGGCGGUGCUGGCGCUGGCCAGCCGCAGCAACCAGUACCUGGAGGAGACGCAGCCGUGGACCAAGCUGAAGAAGGGUACGGAUGCUGAGAAGGCGGAGGCUGCAGCGGUGCUGGUGGCGGUGUUGGAGGCGGUGCGGGUGGUGGCGGUGGGCCUGGCGCCGCUCACGCCGGGGCUCAGCCGCCGCAUUUACGCGCAGCUGGGCUUUUCGGAGGAGCAGUUUGAGGCGCUCACGUGGGCUGAUGUGGCCUGGGGCGGCUUGAAGGCGGGGCACCGUACGGCGGAGCCGGCGCCGGUGUUUGUACGACUAGAGGCUCCGGAGGAAGCGGCGGCCGCAGCGGCGGCGGCGGCAGCGCAGCAGCAGCAGCCCAAGAAGGGGAAGACUGCCAAGGCUGCCGGCGGAAGUGCGGCGGGUGACGGCAAGAAGGCGAAGAAGGAGCGGAAAGAACAGGCGGCAGAGCAGCAAAAGCAGGAGCAGACGGUGAUGGCUUAAGGAGAGGGCGAAUGCGGCUGACAAGAGAUGCUGAUGUGAUUUUUUAAAAGGCUUGGCGGUGUAGCAAAGUAGUGGUAGAUUGGUAGUGGCGUCAUCCUGUCGAGGUGGAGCAGGGCAUGGGCGUCAGCCUAAUAAUGGAAACCUGCUAGCUAUGAGUGCCUGCCAGAGGACGUGUCUGCGUUACUUGACGUGUUAUGAGACGGAGUUCGGGCCUUUUCUUCACGAUUGCAGCUUUGGGGUAGGCGAGAGGAGUUCCAUGGCCUAAACAGACGCGCUAGACAUACAUGGUUGCCAGCUUGCCACGCGUAGCACCCGUCCCGCAGCCCGGACACGAAGCUAUGCUGGAAUAUUAUGGGAUGUUUAGUGUUGAUGUAUGGAAGCUAGCUUCCGCCACCUUAUGGCAAGGGUGCAAGUAUGCCAAUUGCGGAGAGCAACAUCCCGAUGUCAAGACCUACAAAUGGGGCCCUACAACGAGAAUGCCACUCUCAUUUAACAACGAAGUCGUGUA